CUUUAUUGUCAUGUAUAUCAUAAAAACCAAAGUUUGAGCAUCCAAAAUGAGAGCAAAUGUCUUGUGUCAGGCGAUUUUUACUUCACUUUUUAAUUCUUAUUCAGAAUUACUUUCAUUUUUGGAAAUGCUGCACAAAAACUUCCUCUUAUUGAUUUAUUUAUUUCUAAAUGCAUUUCUCUAUGCUUUUGUGCUGUUAGUCACAACUCUCGCUUUAGACUAAGUUAAAUUGCAAGUAUACAGUCAAAUCUUUGAAUAAAUGUGGGGUCACAACAACACAUUUUGCAAUAUAGCCUUAAUUCAAGUGACAUAUCAACAAGCAUUUAUUAUUAUCAUCUUAUAUUAUACAUAUAUGUUUAUAUUUUUUAGAAAGACAUACAAAGAAAUAUUUCCACACAAGUGGCAAUGUAGCAAAAAAAUAAAAACAGAAAUCCCCCAGAACACCGGCCAUGCUGGAAAGUCCCCUGCUUAUUGUCAGUUAAUCUCCAGCCUGUGAAGAGAAAUCACGUGGAUGAUAGCAGCACGACACGCCAUCGUUUCCACACUGUGGGUUCCGUAGUUUAUAUCUGUUGAUCAAAGAAAACGACGGUACAAGUACAUGCAUGUUUGGUUUUUAGGUUGUUCGUCUUCACCGUGCAACCACUGUCACAUCAACUAUUAAAAAAUGUGUCUGUGCUGUUAAGGCAUUUUGUCCACACUUCCUCCUACGUACGCGCUGCAGCAGUGCAGCCUUUCCAUUACGCGCUGACGACAGCUCUCCAAACACGGUGGUCACUCGCAGAUCUCCCGUACAGGAAACUCAAACGCACCAUUUUUAAAUGGGCUCCAAAAUGACAACUCCAGCAGCUAUACAGGAGAAAUGUUACGACCCAAGUGAUAAAACACUGAAAUUUGUGGAUGGAGAAGACGGCUUAGACUUUUUGUGUGAAGGCUUCAAGUCUCUAAGAGCUCAGAUGUCCUGUGGUCAUGCUGUGACCCCGACGUCUCUCACCAAAUGGUGUCUCAUGCAGCUGGACCAGGGUGAAAGCAAGUUUGUGUGUGGCCAGUUUGGUUGUGCCGCUGAGUGGCCUUAUGUGGAGGUUUGUAAAAUGGCUCUUCUGACUCCUGGAGAGAAGAAACAUUUUGAAGAAACGUUGGCCUUCAAUGCUGCCAGACAGAACUUUCAUAUCAAAGCAUGUCCUGGAUGCAAAUCCUUUGUGAUGAGAAAGAGUGACUCCAACCUGUGUGUCAGCUGUGAAGUGUGCACAGCAAAGAAGGGAAGGACUUAUAAAUUUUGUUGGCAGUGUUUGAGGACAUGGAAGGGUCCACAGCCACGAUCAGACUGUUGUGGAAAUGAUGGCUGCUGCAACCAGAUCCUAAGAACCCUGCAAACCUGCCCAGAUAUUGUCUUUGAGUCUGUGGUGGGAGUCCCUGGGUGUCCCUCCAUCCGGGCCUGUCCCACCUGUGGCUCACUGCUGGAGCACAGCAAGAAAUUCUGUAAAUCCAUUAUUUGUCCCCGAUGUAAGGUGAAGUUCUGUUUUGUGUGCUUGAAGCUCUUUAUCGAAUGUAUGAAAACGAGUAAACCUUACGGAUCGUGCAGCAGCGGUGUCGCCCCCAGACAGACCUCUGUACCUGUGUUGCAUGGUUUGAACCACACCAGGCCGUCUUCCCUCAAGUAAAUUCCCUCAAAGCAAAUAUGAUCAUAUUUGUGUUUUGUUUGUGAGAAAUUUGCUGCCAAAUAUAAUUAUUAUAACUGAUACUUGUCUUAAUUACAGGGAUGACAAUAAGUCAGAACAUGUAUAUAUGUGUACAAACUUUAAAUUCAGUAUAU